CUUCUGCAGCAGUUCUGCUUCUUCACACCGAAAAACCAAGAAAAAAAGAAGGAAGGGAUUCCUUCAAGGAUUUUGUAGUAAGGUAGAAGAGGAGGAGCUCAACGAAAUCAAUUCGGAGGGUUUGCACAAUCCGAAUUCAUAUUCAGAAAUUGGACUGUAUGAGCUUAAAAUUCCUAAUUUUACUACCAGUUAUGGCGUCUGAGCCUCUCAGUCAUUCAUUUCGAGCUCCUCUUCCAUUAAUCUCACCGCCUUUUGACGAUUCAUCGGAAGUUGGCGAUGACUUCAACAGAUACUCUUGAUGUUUUUUCUUUUUCCUAUUUGAAGUUAUUAUUUGUUUCAAAGAGUGAUCUAACCGACGGUUUAUUAAGGUUGAAUAGAUCUGAACUGUUCGUUUUCUGUGGCGUCGGUGGUGUCGGAUUUCGCGGAUUCGUUCUCGGUUACUUACAGUACUGCGCAUUGUUUUAUUUAACUGAUGGUGAUUUGGUUUUUGGAAGCUCGACAUCACUGAACUAGGGAAUUAUGAAAAAUACUCGGUGGUUAUUUCUGGAAUAUUUGCUCAUUUCAUGUUACAUAUCAUUUAUAACGGAUGCUGAAUCGUCCAACUAUGUAUUGGGAGCACCUCAAGUAUCUCCCAUCGGCACUCCAUUCACUGGGCCUACAACUUCCGAACUUCCCCUUCCGGCUAAUCUUCCAUUGUUUCACCGGCCAUAUCGGAAACCUCUUCCUCCACUUGCUGCUCCUGCAGUACCAGUGCCAUCUCCAUCUUCAGAUUAUGGCUCAUUAACAACUUCUAGUAAUCCUCCUUCAAGUUCAAGGGCAUCAAAACCAUCGAUGAAGAGGAACCAAUUACCGGCACCUAGUGCUGACCUUCUACCUCCUCUAUUGACAGGUGUUGCUCCAGAACAUUCAAAUUCUGGAAAAAUCCCUUCUGGUUUAGCUCAGCCACCAUUGUCCCCUCAAAUCUCUGACUGUUGUGGGCCAGACAUGGUGCUGAAACGAGGGAGCCAAUCUUGCCAUUGUGUGUAUCCAAUAAAGCUCGACCUUCUCCUUCUGAAUGUUUCCCUCAAUUCCAAUUUGAGUCCUUUUCUUGGAGAAUUGGCUUCUCAGCUUGGUCUACGAGUUUCUCAGUUUGAGAUCAUCAACUUUUAUGUACUUAGCUUAUCAAGGUUGAAUAUUUCAAUAGACAUUACUCCACAUACAGGGAUAAGCUUUUCUGCCAGUGACUCACUUGCUAUAAACAAAUUGCUUGCUGAGCAUCGGAUUCAUCUUGACCCAUCAUUAGUGGGUGACUACAAACUUCUUAAUUUUACCUGGUUUAAGCCACCGGCUCCUUCUCAAGCUCCUGCUUCAGCUAUGUCACCUAUAGCUGCUUCAGCCCAUCUGCCCUCUCCUUCUACACUGUCUGUUGCUGGUAAUAAAGGGAGGCAUACAAAGUUGAUUCUGAUUCUUGGUAUUGGUGUUAGUCUCCUUGUAAUCAUAAUUAUAUCUGUGCUAAUAAUUCAUGCAUGCACAUCACUUCCAGAAAAGAAGAAAUCGCCUCCCAAAGAAAUAGCAAAGCCAAGGACUACAGAUGCAAUUUCAAAAGGAGGAUCUCUUCCCCACCCGAGCAGUACACGAUUUCUGGCAUAUGAAGAGCUUAAAGAAGCAACAAAUGACUUUGAGCCUGCAAGUGUGCUUGGAGAGGGUGGAUUUGGCAGGGUUUUCAAAGGUGUCUUAAGUGAUGGAACAGCUGUUGCAAUCAAGAAACUUACUAAUGGAGGACAACAAGGUGAUAAAGAGUUCUUGGUUGAAGUUGAGAUGCUUAGCAGGCUGCAUCACCGUAAUUUAGUGAAACUUGUAGGCUACUGUAGUAGUCGCGACUCUUUACAGAAUCUCCUCUGUUAUGAACUUGUUCCAAAUGGAAGUUUAGAGGCCUGGCUCCAUGGCCCCUUGGGUGUAAAUUGCCCUCUGGACUGGGAUACCAGAAUGAAGAUUGCCUUAGAUUCUGCUAGAGGGCUUGCAUACCUACACGAGGACUCACAACCUUGUGUCAUCCACAGGGAUUUUAAGGCAUCAAAUAUAUUACUUGAGAAUAACUUUCAUGCUAAAGUUGCUGACUUCGGCCUAGCCAAACAGGCACCUGAAGGGCGGGCAAAUUAUCUGUCCACUCGUGUGAUGGGCACAUUUGGGUAUGUAGCUCCAGAAUAUGCCAUGACUGGCCAUCUACUGGUAAAGAGUGAUGUAUACAGCUAUGGGGUUGUCCUCCUUGAGUUGUUGACUGGAAGGAAACCUGUUGAUAUGUCACAACCUUCAGGCCAGGAGAACCUUGUUACCUGGGCAAGACCAAUUCUUAGAGAUAAGGAUCGACUGGAAGAGCUUGCUGAUCCAAGACUAGGUGGCAAGUAUCCAGAGGAUGACUUUGUACGUGUUUGCACAAUUGCAGCAGCCUGUGUUGCCCCUGAGGCAAACCAGCGUCCAACAAUGGGUGAAGUGGUACAGUCUCUAAAAAUGGUGCAGCGCAUCACAGAGUAUCAAGAUUCCAUGUUAGCCACCUCGAACAGCCGUACCAACCUCAGGCAGUCAUCCACUACUUAUGAGUCGGAUGGAACUUCUUCAAUGUUCUCUUCUGGCCCUUUUUCUGGUUUAAGUGCAUUUGACAAUGACAACAUCUCUCGAACGGCAGUGUUCUCAGAAGACUUGCAUGAAGGAAGAUGAGAUUUUUUUGUCAAGUUCUCCAGCUGCCAUCGUCUGAUCUAAAGCUUUUAUUCCAUUUAAUCAUACUUGAAAAGUGGCUGAGGAUUUGAGAUGAUGGUUGUUGUUUUCCCCCUUUUUUUUUUCACCCGUGUGGAGAAACCACUUUCAGUUUUUCCCAGGUAGUGUUUGGUCAUCUGCAGAGUUGAUUGUAUAUAUUCCAUGUAGCUUUUAUUUUUAUUUUUAUUUUGUUUGCUCACAUUUGCUUUGAACUGUAUUUUUUUCCUUUUUUUUUUUUAUCUAUCUCUUCAGUAUGCCUCCCGGGAGCCCUUUGCAUAUUGUUUCUCUUGUUUUCUCUCUUUUUUCUUUGGAAAAUUUGAAGGGAAUUAUUGUAUUUUGAGUACUGAGGUGUGAUUUAUUUUGGAAUAGAAUCAAUUUUUUUUUCCA